AUGUCUUUGUUGGAAGCUGGUGGAGGAAGACGAUUGCCGGAGGAGAGCCUGGACAACCAUCCUCCUCAGAACUGCCAGCUCUGCUACCCUAGACGCCACAGAGCUGGAGCCAGAGCUCCCAAUGCAGCCCCAGGCACUGUGGCUUCUGGAGUUACAGUGAAUGAUGAAGUCAUCAAAGUUUUUAAUGAUAGGAAAAUAAGGAAAUCUUCUACACAAAAGAAGAUAAAAAGGAAAGAAAGAAAGGAAGGAGGGAAGGAAGGGAGGAAGAAAGAAGGCCUCUUCUGUUUAAAUGAUGAGAAAGGACAAAUAAUUGUAGAGGAAGCAAAGCAGAUCUUGGCAAAUGACACUGGUGAUACCAUAGAGGAUCCCUACACAUCUUUUGUGAAGUUGCUACCUCUGAAUGAUUGCCAGUUUGCUCUGUAUGAUGCCACAUACAAAACAGAGUCUAAGAAAGAAGACCUGGUAUUGAUAUUUAUACUCUGGGCUUCUAAGAGUGCACCUUUAAAAAGCAAGAUGAUUUAUGCUAGCUCCAAAGAUGCCGUUAAAAAGAAAUUUACAUAUAUUAAACACAAGUGGCAUGUAAAUGGCAUGGGUGAGAUUAAGGAGCAUUUGUCACUUGGAGAGAAAUUGGGAGACAGUGUAGUAGUCUCACUUGAUGGAAAACCCUUACUUAUAAAAUGA